CACAAUACAAUACAUUAUUUAUUUUAUAGGUUAUAUUGUGAAUAGAAUUCUCUAUUCUACUUUUUGACGAUUACGUUCAAGACUGCGUAUAUUUAGCCACGUUUUUUAAGUUUUGUAUUGAAUUAUUUUAAAUAUUCAACAAAAUGGCUGAUGCUGCUCCUGAAGUUGAACAUAAAGCCAAAAGGCCAUUUCGUAAGUUCACUUUCCGUGGUGUUGAUUUAGACCAACUUUUAGAUAUCCAAGGCGAACAAUUGAUUGAAUUGUUACAUUCAAGAGCACGCAGGCGUUUCUCCCGCGGUGGUCUUAAGCGUAAAGAAUCUGCAUUGGUUAAGAAAUUACGUAGGGCAAAGAAAGAAGCGCCUCCUAUGGAAAAGCCGGAAGCUGUCAAAACUCAUUUACGUAACAUGAUCAUUGUACCUGAAAUGGUAGGCAGUAUUAUUGGAGUCUACAAUGGAAAAGUUUUCAACCAAAUUGAAAUUAAGCCUGAAAUGAUUGGGCAUUAUUUGGGUGAAUUUAGUGUCACAUACAAACCCGUCAAACAUGGAAGGCCUGGUAUUGGUGCCACUCACAGCUCUAGGUUUAUUCCAUUGAAAUAAUUUGUUUUUUUUUUCACAAAAUAAAAACUAUUUGGUUUUAA